CGGUGGCGGCGGUAGCGGUCGCGGCGGCGCGAGCACAGUCCCGACGCGGCAGCGCGGUGGCGGCGGCGGCUCCACCGGGCGGCCCCCUCCCUUCGCGCCCUCUCCCCUCCCCUCCGCGCUGCUCCCCUAGGCGCCGGACUCCACUGAGGGGCUGUGGAGGGAGAACGCGGUUUCCCGGGCGCAACGGAUUAGUCGGAAGGGUCAACUUACUGUCCUGAAAAAUCCAUUCUCCCAAGUAAGAAGGGACAGAAGAAAGACCACUUUGUAAGAAAGGCUUUGGUAUCCCAUGAACGAGUCAGCAGAACACCGAUUGGGGUGCACCAGGACUCCGGAGCCAGAUAUAAGGCUCAGAAAAGGGCACCAACUUGAUGAUAUAAGAGGAGACAGUAAUGGCAACCACCAAGAAGCUUUGGAGCACAUUUUAGAAACAUCUGUUUGUUCUUCAUGUCAUAAAAAUAACUCUGAGGAACAUGAGUGCAGUAAUGACAAUUCCCAGGAGGACGAGGGGUUUAUGGGCAUGUCCCCUCUCUUACAAGCCCAUCAUGCUAUGGAAAGAAUGGAAGAGUUUGUUUGUAAGGUCUGGGAAGGUCGAUGGCGAGUAAUCCCUCAUGAUGUGCUACCGGACUGGCUUAAGGACAAUGAUUUCCUUCUCCAUGGACACCGGCCUCCUAUGCCUUCUUUCCGGGCCUGUUUUAAGAGCAUUUUCAGAAUACACACAGAGACAGGCAACAUUUGGACACAUCUCCUAGGUUGUGUAUUCUUCCUGUGCCUGGGGAUCUUUUAUAUGUUUCGCCCAAAUAUAUCCUUUGUGGCCCCUCUUCAAGAGAAAGUGGUCUUUGGAUUAUUUUUCUUGGGAGCCAUUCUCUGCCUUUCAUUUUCAUGGCUCUUCCACACAGUCUACUGCCAUUCAGAAGGGGUCUCCCGACUCUUCUCUAAAUUGGAUUACUCUGGUAUUGCUCUUCUGAUUAUGGGAAGUUUUGUUCCUUGGCUUUAUUAUUCUUUCUACUGUAAUCCACAACCUUGCUUCAUCUACUUGAUUGUCAUCUGUGUGCUGGGCAUUGCAGCCAUUAUUGUCUCCCAGUGGGACAUGUUUGCCACCCCUCAGUAUCGGGGGGUCAGAGCAGGAGUGUUUCUGGGCUUAGGCCUGAGUGGAAUCAUCCCCACCUUGCACUAUGUCAUCUCAGAGGGCUUCCUGAAGGCUGCCACCAUUGGGCAGAUAGGCUGGCUGAUGCUCAUGGCCAGCCUCUAUAUCACAGGAGCUGCCCUCUAUGCUGCCCGCAUCCCUGAACGCUUCUUCCCUGGCAAAUGUGACAUCUGGUUUCACUCUCAUCAGCUGUUCCACAUCUUUGUGGUUGCUGGUGCCUUCGUUCACUUCCAUGGCGUCUCAAACCUGCAGGAAUUCCGUUUCAUGAUUGGUGGGGGCUGCACUGAAGAGGAUGCACUGUGAUACUUACCAGUAGCCAGGGACUGAGACCCUGAACCCAGACCUGCAGCUCCCGCAGGCCUCUUACUGGCUGUCGGUGCCAGUGCCAGAGAAGCCCCAAAACUUGGACAGCUUCAUGGGCCUUGUGAUGGCCCAGGGGCUCCAUGGGGUACAAGACUAAGAAGAGAAAAACAAAAAUAAAUUAUACCUCAAAGGAUGAAGUGCAUCAAUUUGGAGAAAAGGAGAAAUAGCCCAUAUGCUGACUUCUCUUGGGGUCUACCGAUGGAGAGCUUUCAAGAUCUUGGCAAACUGACUUCUGAUCUGUAUCCUAUUUAUUUGUAGAAGAUGGGGAAGCAGUUUUAUCUGGUGGUCCUUUCUUCUCCCUUUCUCUUUCCUUAAAACAGUAAUACAUGUGAGUACCACGCGCCAGUUGUUUGCGCCACUGGAGCUCCUUAAAACAAUAAUCAAAACCAAUUUAGGUGAACAUUUAUAUCCCAUAAAAGGGUGGGAGUACGAUUUUAGGCGCUCCUUUGGGAGAACAAAGAAAUUAAUGUAAAUAAGAUUUCUAAUUUACUGUUUAAAUAAGAAUUUAUAUAAACAUUUAAAACAUAGGGGCGGGGGAGGGAGGGAGAAUUUUUGUAAAGAAUGAAACAUGCAAGUACCACACACUGUUUCAAUCUUGCACAAAGUGACCGAAGAAGGAUGAAGUGGUAGCUCCAGAAUGCAGGAUGUCUUGGUGCACCAAGGUGCCUUCCACAGGCUGACAUACUUGGAUCCUGGUGGGGCAGAGGUUCCUGCCCGAGCCCACAGAUUUCCUGACCACUCUAAGACAGAGAGCCUUAGGGGUUCUGAGGGAGAGGGAGAAGUGGAGGGAGCAGGUGUGAGCUUUCUCAGAGGAAGCAGAGCAUAAAUGACCAACAGGAUGUUAGGUAAAGGUUCUAGUUCAGGUGUCAUUUGAGACUGUCAUGUGGCCAGGGAUCCUUUAGUCCUGCCAUGGAUGCUGAUAAAGAGGGGAUGAAGAUGGAGGAGGACCUCUGGGGGCAUUAGUGUAGGAGCUUGUCUUGUUUUUUCCUGGCAUCCCGUUUAGGUGAUAGUUUCUUACCUGAGUAGAGGUGCGGCAGUUUUCGAGGUCCUUGCUAUGAAGCUCUGGGCCAUUUGGCAAACUUUUCUCUAUUAAGUAUCACUGCCCUGACUACCCUUCUUCACCCUGGAAAUUAAAAACUGCCUUCUUUGGCAUCAUAGCUCUUGGCAUGGAGCCAGCCAAGAUUCUGAUGUGCAUAGGUCCCACUUGAGGUGUCCCAUAGGCAGGUUGGGAAAGCCAUGGACUAGGAAUUUGAACUAGGAAUGGGUUUUUCCUUUUGUGUUGUCUUGGCAAGCUUAGAGUGACAGACUUUUCAGCUCUCCUUGAAUAAGAAAGCCAACAGUACCCACCAUGAACAGUCAGCACUCACCAAAUCCUACUUUGCAAGGGUAAUGUUAAAAAGAGAACAGUAUAUUAUUGUCGGGGAGUCUGGUAACAUAAGCCCACAAUCUGAAUUGCUGCUACAAGUUACAAAUAAUUUCUCUUGUCCUCUGGCCACCUUGUUAUGGUUUUGAGAGUGGGGGGUGGGAAGAAGUGGGACCUGCCUCCUAGAAUUCUGAUUUGGGCCCCUGAACGAGAAGCUAAGCACUUGAGUGAGUCUUGGGUUGCUGCUCUCCAAGACUUGAGGCUGUGGCAUUCCAUCCUGGAGAUUGUAGCUAUUGGAAUGAAACACCCCAGGCCCCAGACAUCCUCAGAAGGGAUGCUUGGGAUUAUGAGAAGGCUGUCCUGUUUAUUCAGUAGUGUUUUCAUGGCUAUUGUUCUGCUUUUCCCUUCAAAUCUUCAGUUACAGCUGGAGAUCCAGGAAAAAAAGACUCCAUUGUAAAACUUGGGAAGAACUUAGGAGUAUUUGGGUUCUGGAUAAGGUCACUGACCUAGGUAAACCAAAAGAAGAUUCAGUGUGUGAAUGGUGCUGUGCUGGACAGAAUUAAGAACAGUGUUAAUCCCUUGAGAAAACAGUUUGGCUGGACAGUGUCCAUCUGGAAGGAAGCUCACCUAGGUUUGUGGGAACAAGAGCAUGUAUCAGAAGCCAGACUUGCUUUCUGGUCAUGUACUUUGGAAUAUAGGGUAUGAGAUCCACCCUGUGACAACACCUGCAGAAGCAGAGGUCUUUGGGUCCAAAGCAGGAAGAAUCUGGUUCAACAUAGCACAAACUCUUAGGAUAAGAGAACCAACACCACCAGUGUGUAGUCCAGUAACCUCCCUUUCUGGGGGUGCGUGUGGGCACCUGUGUGCCCGAGUGUGUCUGCGCAGCUCACUACCAACAGCCUCCUUGUGCACUUGACCUUGUGGUGCCUCGGGGAACUCACCAGGUUGGCGCCUGAAUGCCUUACUCUGAGCAGUCUGAGGCUUGCUUGCUCUGCAUACAUGUUUAACUUUCUUUUUGACCCUAGGCUGAUUAGGACCUGUAUACCUUCAUUCUUAAUAGUGGCCUUUUUCAGUAUUUCCCCUCUCCCCUUUAUAAGUUGCUGAAGUCACAAAGCACACUUUUGGGGAUCAUAGAAGGUUGGGGUUCCAGAAGGCAUCUGUGUAAUGGUUCCAUUCACUAUGGGGUUUCCCUAUUUGCUGUCUUCUCAGUUUCUCUAAUAAAAAGAGCCAAAUGGAAGAUGGA